CGUACGUACCUGUUCGUCGUAGGUGUACCCGUGUCGGCGACGAGCAUUCUUGGUUCCUCAGCAUCUCCUCACCAUCCCUCCGAUACCGUUGCCGGUCCCUCUCUUGCCGCUGCACUGACGAGGACGACGACGACGGCGACAAGCCGGCGGUGCCGAUGCGAAUCCCCGUCGCCCCUGCCCCCGCCGCCGGAACCCUCUUCGAAGAAGGAGAGACUUCGGAGAAAGAGGAGGAGAAGAGAUGCGGCCCCGUUGAUCGUUCUUUCCGGCCGGUGUUUGUGUCUUUGCCGCCGCCGCCGCCGUCGCCGCCGUCCUCGAGCGGACGAAGGGCCUGA